UUCGGUGAGAGAGAGAGAGUGUGUGUUUCGGUGAGAGAGUGUGUGUGUGUGCCGAGAGAGGGGCUCUCCACUAACAAAAAAGAAACCCAAACCAGGGAGAGAAAUUUCAAGCUCAUUUCGCUGUUUAUCCCCUUUCUACAACAGUCUGCAACGUUUUAAUAACUUAUAAUUAUUACAUAUUUUUAUUUACUUAUUUAUUAUCUUUUUUAGUUUAUGGUUUGUUUUUUUACCACUCCGGGAGGGCAGAAAUGGCGGCCAACAUGUACCGGGUCGGAGAUUAUGUCUUUUUUGAGAAUUCUUCAAGCAACCCUUAUCUGAUCCGGAGAAUAGAGGAGCUGAACAAGACGGCGAGCGGCAAUGUGGAGGCAAAGGUGGUGUGUUUCUACAGGAGAAGGGACAUCUCACAGAGCCUCAUCCAGCUGGCAGACAAGCAUGCGAAAGACUUGGAGGAAGAGAAGGAGACGCCUACAGAGCCAGAGCUUAGUGAGAAGCAGAAACACCAGCUCCGACACAGAGAGCUUUUUCUGUCUCGCCAGUAUGAAUCGCUCCCUGCCACACACAUCAGGGGGAAGUGCAGUGUGGCCCUCCUGAAUGAGACUGAAUCAGUACUUUCCUAUCUGGACAAAGAGGAUGCAUUUUUUUACUCCCUGGUGUAUGACCCAACACAGAAGACCCUGCUGGCAGACAAAGGGGAGAUCCGUGUGGGCCCCCGCUUUCAAGCUGACGUCCCUGAUAUGCUCCAGGAAGGGGAAGCAGAUGACAGGGACCAGUCCAAGCUGGAGGUGAAAAUGUGGGACCCAGAAUGUCCACUGACCAAUAAGCAGAUAGACCAGUUCCUAGUGGUGGCUCGGGCGGUGGGUACCUUUGCUCGAGCUCUGGACUGCAGCAGCUCCGUCAGGCAGCCCAGUUUACACAUGAGUGCUGCAGCGGCAUCGCGAGACAUAACGCUGUUCCAUGCCAUGGACACUCUGCACAGACAUGGCUAUGACCUUUCAAGUGCACUGAGUGUUCUGGUGCCACAGGGAGGCCCUGUGCUCUGCAGGGACGAGAUGGAGGAGUGGAGCUCUUCAGAGGCCAACCUGUUUGAGGAAGCAUUGGAGAAAUACGGCAAGGAUUUCAACGACAUCCGGCAAGACUUUCUCCCAUGGAAGUCCCUGACAAGCAUUAUUGAGUAUUACUACAUGUGGAAAACUACAGACAGAUAUGUGCAGCAGAAGCGACUGAAGGCAGCUGAAGCAGAGAGCAAAUUAAAGCAAGUCUACAUCCCCACGUAUAAUAAACCAAAUCCUAAUCAGAUCUCUGUCAGCAAUGGCAAGAUGACCACCAUGAAUGGCGCAGCAGGGCCGGGCGGGUACCAUGCAGCCAGCGGGGGUCGUGCAUGUGAAAGCUGUUUUGCCAUGCAGUCCCCUCAGUGGUACUCGUGGGGUCCUCCGAACAUGCAGUGUCGCCUCUGUGUCUCCUGCUGGAUGUACUGGAAAAAGUAUGGUGGCCUGAAGAUGCCAAGCCGAGCUGAGGGAACAGAGGAGAAAACGCCUCCAAGCCCUGCUUCAAAUGAGAUGCGUUCACGUGGCCACAGCCUGCGUCAGACCUCCCACAUGGUUCCCAUGAGGAACAGCGGAAGUCCCAAAUCCUCCAUGAAGACUAAGCAGGCCUUUCUGCUACAGGCCACGCGCCUCACCAAGCUGGCGCGUCACAUGUGCCGUGACCUCAUCAGGCUGCGCCGGGCUGCGCGCCGCCCCUUUGUGCCCAUUAACUGUGGCGCCAUAAAGGCGGAGUACAUGAUUCGAGUGGCAGAAGGCAUGACAGGGCGAUCCACCAAGCCCAAACCUUCCCAGAGGAGCACGCUAACCAGCGUCCUGCAGUAUCUCGAGUCACGUCCAGCGCCCCAUGUCCAGCGCUCUCAUCGUACACCUGGCCUGCAGGUCCAACCACCACGCCGGCUUCUUUCCUCCCUGCCAAGCCAUGGUCCACUCGGCAUGCUGGGAAAACGCUCUUACCACCAUAGCAGCAGGAUGGACUCUGAGAGAAGAGCAAACGCACCAGGACAAGAAAAUCAGGGUCACAUUGUGGGUCCCAUUCUGCAGCACAAUGGACGGAGCAGUGGCAGCCCCAGCUUACGAGCCAGCAACAUGAUAAUGCGCAAGAGACGGCCCAACUGGAUCGAUGCACCAGAUGACAGCUUUUUCCUUGUUUCCCGAGAAACCAGUGCUGUAGCUGUUAGACAUCUGCUCAUGGUAAGACCUUGGCCCAUUACUGCAUACACACCAACACAUGCACAAACACACACACACACACACAGACUGGGGCUGCAUUAGAUUAUGUGUAUGUGCAAUACAAACAAUUAUACUAGACAUUUUAAGAUGAUUAUGCUUUGAAUGGACUCAACAUAGGCAAGACGGAAUGGUUACCUUUCCCCCAUAGCAUCUGCUGUUGAUGUGUUUAACUUUGCAUUGAGUUGCCUGUUUAUUAGUUACUUUGAGCAGCUUGGCUAAAAAGGUUGUGUCAUCCUAACGUACUGAUAGUUCUGAUGUGGUCCCAAGUGCAGUUUAUGUCUACUAGGAGUUGGAAUAGGGAGGAAGCUGGAGGAAAAUGCUUCUCCAUUAGGGCCCUGUCUCGAUGAGCCAUGACCGGCGCGUCUGUGCUCGCCGGAGCGGAUGCCAGGCUAAAUUUAGAGCCCUUGCUCUGAAAGAUUAGCCUGUAACUGGCUUCAGAGAGGCUGAGACAAAUGAGGGUCGCUCUGAGGCUGGGCCUGGCACUCAUGUUUUACAUCAUCAUACAGUGAUCAGCAACUGAAGGUUGUGAUAUCACUCUUGCAUUGUUUCUUUCCUGUAGAACUUGUUCAAAGGAAAGCAAAGUGAAGAAACUGUGUGUAGCCGUGAUAGACAGGCGGUAUAAAUGGGUCAGCGAUGUAGGUGUGUAUUACUGAAGAUGUUUGGGUCUUGUGUUUUUGUGAGUAGGUAUUACUCCUGAUAUUUCCACAUGUAGCCACUCCAUGGUUGAAGUCAACUGUCUUUAGAAGACAGUAGUGACCAUUACAUCUAGAUUUUUUUUUGUUUCAUAGGUUGGCUGUUUAAAUUUGCAAUACAUGUGCAAUAAUUCAAGUGCUCACUAACCCACUUAGCUAUCUUGUGUUUUUCACAUAGAUUUGAUGUUAGGAGUCCAGAUCAUGAUUUCUUCAUUAGACAUAAUCAGAGGCAAAAGUUCCUUUAAGCCUCAUAAAUUGUGCAUGAACACGGGACCUGGGGGUUCGUCCAUUAGCCUGAUUUUUGCAAUUAUACUCUCAAUGUUAUAUCAAAUUAUUUUAUAUAAUCAGUCCUCAGUGACUCAUAUUCCAAAGCUUAAUGCUCGUAAUCACGUAGGAAGGCAGUGCAUUCAGAGCAGCAUUACUCUCACAAAUUAACUGGUACACAGUCUUCUGUUUACCUGAGGGGGAAAUUCAUACUAAUCCCAAUACUGAACCAUGACAAUGUCAGAGUAUAUAAUAUAACCUGUUUCACAAUGAUUUAAAAAAAAAAAUCAGUGUUUUUGUGUUCAGUCCAUGUUUUACUGUAUUAUUAUCCUUCUAUUAUCAUGUUCCUGGAACUGCAGGAUAGUGUAUAUGUGUGAAGUGUGUGCAUGUGCAUAUGUUUCAGUCCCUGUUUGCUCUGGAACAGAGUGGUCUUUCUCUCAAGGGAGAGAAUUAGCAUCCAGUUGGUAAUGAUGUUUUCUGUGGUUUAGACAAACACAAAUGCCCCACGUCAUGAUAACACAGUGGCAACAUUAGCCUGCAGUAAUACAAUAACAGCAUGCCAGUUCCACUAAGAAAGAUUUAUGUGUUUUUCUACUGAGCCGCCACUAGUGUUCAGGAAUAUUUAGUUACUCCAUUAGUCAGCAACAAAUCAUAUGUUUUCCUCAAAAAGCAAAACAAUAGAUUAGCCUUCAAAUGCUGCUAUACAAACUAUUCUUUGCGAUUGGAAAAUGGAACUAUGAUAAUAAUGAUUGCGAAUUGUUGAUCUGUUAUGUAACCAGAUCCUUCCUGCAUGUCUUCUAGGUUCCUAUAUGAAAGAGGAAAUGUUGUGUAAUAAUGUUUUCUCUAUGGAGACGCUGAGGUGACAUGGUGGUUAUUUUUUAUUAAGAUGUGGAUACGAAUUACAAUCACAAAGAGAUCUAUUUCAUGGCCACGACUUAAUUUGUGGUGACUACUGUAUCUUAAAAUGAAUGAGGCAGGAAAAUCAAUUGAAUUAGACCAUUGUGACCACAGGUGCCUAAUCAUAGAGAUGAUUGAUGAUAUUACACUUUAUGUCAAUCUUGGAAUGAUGUAUUGGAGUUAUAUCGGGGUUUUUUGGAGUUACUGGUCACUUGUGACCCGGAUAUAGUAUUAGCCCAUGUCACGUUAAACGAAUUCUCAAAGUGGGAAGAUUUCUUUUUGCACAUUCCCUCCAAAUAAUUAACUGGAGGACACAUAUUAAAUAUGACGUUUUCACAACCGAUUAAGUCGUGGGCUCAAGUUACACAAUUUGUGGGCACAAUUUAUUAUGUUAUGAUACUUCAGACUAUUAACUUGUGGCUGCAAUAUAUUAAUUUGUGGUCACGCCCUAUAAAAAAAAAACCAAAAAAAAAAACCACCAUGUCACCUCAGAGGCUCCAUAUUUCUCUGUAUUCUCUGAAAUACUAUUGCUUUUGUUGUAGCAUCAUUUUGUAUACCUCAGUCUUCAACUACAGCCUUGGACACAGUAAUGUUGCAGGAGUGAACAGUCAUCAUGUUCUCUUGUGUUGUGGUCACAGGAAA